CAAAAACUAGCUCCCUCACUUAACCAGAAAAAAACUCCCUCCCUCACAUCAUAUGCUACGGUAGGAGUCAAACUCUAUGUCUCUCACUCCUUCUUCGGGUAGAAUCUAGAGAGAGAGCAUAGUAAAUUCCGCAAUGGCGAUGAUGCUGAAACCCGUCUCUCCCUACGUUUUGGAAACCCUAGAGUUCAACAACAAACCCAGAAACCAAUACCCUAAUUGGCGUGCUAACACACGUCCAUCUCUCAAUCGAAUCUUCAAUUCCUGCAAACCCAACUAUUAUUGUUCAUCAUUCGAAACUUCAGACGAAGCUCGAAGACUGGUCCAUGAAUUCAACCCCAAUAUUCCGAUACAGGAAGCCCUAACCCCACCCAGUUCUUGGUACACUCACCCUUCUUUUCUCUCUCUAGAAUUCGAUCGCGUCUUCUUCCGUGGUUGGCAGGCCGUUGGAUAUACGGAACAAAUUAAAGAACCUCGUGACUUUUUCACUGGGAGGUUGGGAAAUGUAGAAUAUGUGGUAUGUCGGGAUGAUAAUGGGAUUGUACAAGCUUUUCACAAUGUGUGUCGGCAUCAUGCCUCUCUUCUUGCAUUUGGAAGUGGACAGAAAUCUUGCUUUGAAUGCCCUUAUCACGGAUGGACAUAUGGAUUGGAUGGAGCACUUCUCAAAGCAACUAGAAUAACAGGAAUCAAGAACUUCAAUGUAAAUGAACUUGGACUUAUACCGCUGAAAGUAGCCAUUUGGGGGCCAUUUGUUCUUCUCAAUUUGGAAGAUGAGAUUUUGCCUCAACAAGAAGCUUUUGGCGACAUUGUCGGAAAUGAAUGGCUUGGUAGCUCAUCAGAGAUGCUGAGUACCAAUGGAGUUGACUCUUCACUUAGUUUUGUUUGCAGACGAGAAUAUACUAUUGAAUGUAACUGGAAGGUAUUCUGUGAUAACUACUUAGAUGGUGGCUAUCAUGUACCAUAUGCACAUAAAGGUCUUGCAUCUGGUCUUAAGCUCGAGUCAUAUUCCACCACAACUUUUGAGAAGGUUAGCGUCCAAAGAUGUGAUGGCGGAUCAACUGAAAGUGAAGAUGAUUUUGAUCGACUUGGAUCAAAAGCUCUAUAUGCAUUCAUUUAUCCGAACUUCAUGAUUAAUAGGUAUGGACCUUGGAUGGACACCAAUCUAGUACUCCCACUGGGACCUAGGAAGUGCCAAGUGAUAUUUGAUUACUUUCUUGACACUUCUCUUAAGGAUGACAAAGCUUUCAUAGAGAGUAGCCUAGAAGAUAGCGAAAGAGUGCAGAUGGAAGAUGUCGUUUUGUGUGAAGGUGUUCAGCGGGGCCUUGAAUCACCGGCAUACUGUAGUGGCAGGUAUGCGCCAACCGUCGAGAAGGCCAUGCAUCAUUUCCACUGUCUGCUUUAUGAAACACUUAGAAAUUGAAAUGUACUCUUCAAUUAUUUAAUAUUUGUUUCAGGCGGGGAAUCAUAACUUUUUCCCCCCAAUUUCCUUUGUACUCAUAACUGUUUUGAAUUGCUGCCUAGUCAUGGUUUUAUCCCCUCUUGAGAAAGUGAAACUGACUGCCUUGCUAUAUAUCAAAUAUUUUCAAGUGAUGACUUGCUUCAA